AAAAAUAAAUGGCGGACGAUUUCAAUCAACUUUCCAUUUUGCAGCCACAUUUUUAUCAAUAAAAAAAGCAACCGUGAACUGAUCGAAAGUAAAGAUGUCAGCUGCUGGUUUACUGAAGAACAUCUACUUAUUCUUGGAUGUCCUACAGAAGGCACACAGCUCAGAAGCUCAGGGUUGGGCGAAGCAGGAUGUUAUCAAUGCUUUGAAAUGGGCUGAGUAUUGUGAAAAGAUCCAUACCCAAGCAAUCACAAAGCCAUACACAGCGAGCCUGGACGAACAGAUACAGACGUUUAACCGGCUACCCUGGGCUUUGGGCGAUGCUGAAAUCACGCUCGGUUAUUUCAAAGAUGCAAAGGUUCUCCUCCAGAAGGCCAUGCUACAGAACCCAUAUCUAUCAGAGGACCUGUUCGAUACUGUGAUAGAGAUAGCCUGCGAAACUGACGGCAGGGAACCCAUACUGAAGGUUCUACAGAGCAUCACUGUGCCAAAAAUGACAGUCCACCAAUUGUUGUUACUGACGAGAAAACUCCAGUCGACUACCGAGACAGAAAAUGUAGACAUCGCCAGUCGUCUCUCAUUGGAAUGCGAGGCUAAACUACUCCAUAGACAUUUUGAACAUCUUUGUAAAAUGGGUACAAAAAGUGAUCGAUUAAAAUCCUAUCUCGUACAGCAAUUGGAGGCAAUUGCAGCCGUGAACUCUGGCAUGGUGAUAAUUCUGAUGAGCUUACUUGAAGAUAAUGGCCAUACAUUCCAUAGUUCCAUCAUGAUAGACUGGUUAGAGGACCAGUUUCGAUCAGGAGAAGAGACCAGGCAUUCAUUUCGGACGUGCUCUCGAGAUCUUCUCUGUUCAGUGGCAGCAAAGUAUGCAACGUUUGCCGACGUUUAUGUCCAGUGGUUGGUGGAGUGGGGAGGUGACAUGACGAUCAGCUACACGCCAAACCAGAGACCAGGUUAUAUCUAUAGCCCAAGAUCAGAACAUUUCUCUUCGUUCAAUGACUUAGCGAAACACUUCCAAAAACUUGUGAAUGGGCCAACAACGUGCAGGAAAGCUGUGAUCGACUUGGUGUUGUCGAAAUCAAAGGAGAGUGAGGUGUCUGUUUGGUAUGAACUUAGGAGGUAUCUCAUUCGGAAUGUUUCAACGACUUGCGUGUGGAAACUUGUCGUGGAAAAGUCAUGAUAGGCACACAGUACAAGAGUAACGAUGACCAGUAUUGUUGGGCUGUUUGUCUGGACAUUUGACAAUCUCUGUGCAGGACGCUAGGUAAACUGCCACAUUUUGGCAGAUUUUGUGCAAAUAACCUAGAUUUGUUAGAAUUAAAUUUGCCAAAAGGAUUUUUGAUGGGAAAAACCGAAAGAAUUUGCAAUCUGCCAAAAGAAAAAACGUGAUAAUUUAAAUUUUUUCAGAAUUUUGUCAAAUCGUAAAGAUUAAAAGUUGUGAAGAUUUAACGGUUACAGAAAAUUUUGCGAUUACUGCAGUGGAAAUGAUCAACAUUGGAAGGUGUCCAGAAAGUGUCCAGGUUAUAUGUUUGACUAACUUGCAGAAAUCGUACAUCCUGGAUAGGGAUUUCUCGAAGGACCAGGCUGGUAUGCUAUUGUGAAUUUGAAAAAAGGAGAUAUGUAUUGGUGCUAAACUACAUGUUCAUGUUGAUACUCUAGAUUCACCGAUAUAAGACUGUUACUGAAUAUGCAAACAAAGUCCCCGUAGAUAUUACGUGCUUUGUCCUCGAUGCGCAUUCGACAAAGGGUGGGACAUAAAUUUUUAUGAUGGUUAUGCCAUUCGCUUUUGCCACAAUUUCAAAGUAAGAUUUUAGAAUGGCAGGCCCAUAAGGAUUUCACUUUAUUACUUUCUUUUAUUGAAGAUUCAUUGCCAAUAAACCUUGGCUAAUAGACAGGGAAAUAGAUCGACCACACUAACCACUGAUAGAAGUAUAGUGGUUAGGUCGCAAGUGAUCAGUUCAUUCCCGAUCCCAACCACUGUCAAUGUACCGCAACCUGAAGACCGACUAAUUUGAGCCACUCAGUGUGAAGGGGCCGUGGCCUGUUCAAUACACAUCAUACUGUGGGAGGUCAUGCCUCAAAUCAAUGAAUCGGUCUUAGAUCGG